AUGCAAGAGGAUAUGCUUUUUGGGAAAACGGUAAUUACGGAUAAGAAAUCUGCAAAACAUUUGGCUUCUUGCACAAGCAGAACAACAGUUGGACAAACUCUAACCAGCCCCCAUUCUCUGUUCAAAGUAGUAUAUUGUAGAAGAAAAGCUCAUUACUAUUCUCCAAAGCCUUGUUUCAAAAAGAAACAGCUCCCUAAAGUUAGAGGCCGUGACAUGGCAAAUAAGGAAAAUGAACUAGCCUGUGCAGGUAACCUGCCAGCCAAAUUGCCUCCUGAUGGUCGUACUUUCUUACUGAACGCCAGUGAUGCUGGCCAAUCUCAAACAGAGAGUCCUUCAUCAAAAUACAGUGGAUUUUUUUCAGAGGUUUCUGAAGAUCAUGAUACAAUGGCCCAAGUUCUCUUCAGUAGAAAUCUCCGUCUGAAUGUAGCUUUAACCUUUUGGAAGAGGAGAAGUAUAAGUGAACUUGUAGCCUAUUUACUGAGGAUACAAGAUCUAGGAGUAGUUGUAGAUUGUCUCCCUGUCCUUACCAGCAGUUUACAGGAAGAAAAACCUUAUAUUUCUGUUGGUUGCUGUGUAGACCUUCUACCAUUAGUAAAAUUAAUGCUUAAAAGCAAAUUUGAAGAAUAUGUAAUUGUUGGUUUAAAUUGGCUUCAGGCUGUGAUUAAGAGAUGGUGGUCACAACUUUCUGUCCAUACGGAUAAGAUAGAAGAUGGAAAUACUCAGAUUUUAAAAGAACAAUUAAGUAUAUUGUGGAAACAAGCAAACCAUCUUACUUUGGUUCCAGGAUAUACGGGUAAUAUAGCAAAGGUAACAUAU